AUGCCCGACAUCACAUCGUUGCCGAGUCAUCCACCACCCCUGGAUGCAGAAGUCACAAGAGAGGCAAUUCCCUCUCAUCCACUGGGCGUGAAGCCAAGUGGAAAUGCUCUGUUAGCAACCUGGAGUCUCCGAGAUGCCAUGGGAACGUUUCAGCAUCUACCAGACGAACUAAUCCUGUUAUUGUUGGAGGGUUUUGACGGGCCAAGCCUGUUGAGCAUCGGGCGGACAUGCAAGGCGUUCUAUGCAUUUACCCGGGCUGAAGAAUUAUGGAAGGCACUGUUUGUUCGUGAUCCAAGAGAAGACUUUACAUGGCGAGGAACAUGGCGCUCAACAUAUCUGAACAUCCCCGCCUCUAAGGUGCCUUUCGUGGACUGCUCUCAGCUCUUUUCCGAUUCUCUAUACCGACCUUUCAACUGCGCCCACAUCUCCCUUGACCCGUAUGUCUCUAAGAUCCCGACACGGAACCAGAUCCCACGACUCCCCGACUUGUCACCCGAGGAAUUCCAAGCCAAUUGGACCGAUCGCCCAUUUAUUCUAACCGAGCCCGUCAAGGCGUGGCCAGCGUACAAGGACUGGACCAUCGGCUCGUUGCUAUCUAAAUACGGCAAGACCAAGUUUCGUGCCGAAGCUGUGGACUGGGCUAUGCGCACCUAUGGCGACUAUAUGGCGGACAACUCCGACGAGAGCCCGCUGUACUUGUUCGACCGAUCCUUUGUCUCCAAGAUGGGACUUUCCGUCGGAUCUCCUGAAACUACACCUGACGCUUCGUACUGGCCACCAGCAUGCUUCGCCGAAGACUUCUUCUCUGUACUUGGCACGGACCGCCCUGAUCACCAGUGGUUGAUUAUUGGGCCCGAGCGGUCUGGCAGCAAGUUCCACAAAGACCCCAAUGCCACUAGUGCUUGGAAUGCCGUCCUGCGUGGGCCCAAGUAUUGGAUCAUGUUCCCGUCUGGCACGAAGCAGCCACCCCCUCCCGGUCGAGGUGACUUCCCCCUCAGCAUUGCCGAAUGGCUAUUAGGCUUCCAUGCCGAGGCACGUCGGACACCAGGCUGCCUGGAAGGGAUCUGUGGCGAGGGUGAGAUCUUGCACGUUCCAUCUGGUUGGUGGCACUUGGUGGUCAACCUCGAGCCGUCCAUGGCCAUUACUCAGAAUUUCAUUCCCCGCGGUCACCUUGGUUCUGCAUUGGACUUCUUGCACAAUAAGCCCGACCAGGUUUCUGGGUUUAGGAAGAACGUAGCUAAUCCGUGUGACCGAUUUAUGUCUGGGAUGCGUGAGUCUUACCCUGAUCUAUUAGAUCAAGCAUGGGAGGAGCUACAGAAGAAGAACGAGGGCAAGAAGCGCAAGUGGGAGGAUAUUGUCCAUGGGAAAACCGAGGACACCACUGACGGGCAAAACACCGAGGGUGGUGGCUUCAGCUUUGGAUUUGGGGACGAUGGGAGUGACGUUGAAGUUCCAUGA